AUGGAGGGCCCCAUAGUGAACACGAAGCUUGCAGCGCUCCCCAUCAUCAGCGUCGAACCAUUCCUGCAGCCCGGCCACCAUGGCAGACUGUCGGCUGCAGCCGCUCUCCACGCCGCCUGCACGGAGUACGGCUUCUUCUACCUCGACAUCUCGUCGCACAUAGAUCCGUCCGAGCCAGAGGAACUCACCCGCCUCGCACGCGAGUUCUUUGCUCUGCCAGAAGAAGAGAAGGACAAGAUAUCUAUCGCGAACGAGGACGGGGUGAGAGGGUACCAGAGGCUGAAGGAGAACGUCACGAAUGGCAAGGCGGACAACCAUGAAGCCAUCGACUUCUUCAAGCCCGUCGAGAAAGCGGACAAGACGAAGACGCUCUGGGGAGAGAACCAGUGGCCGAGCAUCCCUGGGUUCAGGGAGAAUUAUGAGGUGUGGAUCGAGAAGAUGAAGAACCUGGGCAUGGUUGUGAUGGAAGCGAUGGCUACUGGACUUGGUGUGACACCGGAGGAGUGGGCUGAGCUGCAGAGCAAGGUCGACGACAGUUUCUGGGUCAUGAGAAUAAUAGGAUACCCUCCCCUCCCCAAUGAUCAUGACGGCUUCUCUUGCGGAGCACACAAGGACUACGGCUGCUUGACCUUCCUGUACGCAGACCCCACCCCUGGGGCCUUGCAGGUGUACCUCAACGAUCCCGGUCUCGUAGUGAAGGAAGAUGGCAGAACCCCCGUCCAGCGCGUCGAAGACGGCGGGCGGUGGAUCAAUGCCGACCCCAUCCCCGGUUGCGUCGUCUGCAACAUCGGAGAAAUGUGGGAAGUCUGGACGAACGGCCUGUACAAGAGCACACUCCACCGGGUCGUCCACAGGGGAUCCAACUAUCGGGUCUCGAUCCCAUUCUUCUUCGAGGCGAAUUUCGACGCCCGUGUAGAACCGCUGCCUGCUGCACGACGUAUCCAGGACGAUGAUCGUGCCGUUGGAAAGGCCACGGAGCCGAUCAAGGUGUACGAGCCGGUCGUGUAUGGAGACUUCCUCCUCAAAAAGCUCUCAGGCAACUACGCUACCAGCCCUGGCAAGGGAAGAUACGAUACAAACUGA